AUGAAUCAGUCUGCUGCUCGUAAGGGCUCGAUGAACACCAUCGAGUCUAGUGUCACCAGACUCUUAGUGGCAACAAAACAUCUCUUAGAAAGUCUUACCCAAUGGGCUAAAGGAGCGGCCACGGAGUCUGAAGUGUCUGAUGCAUAUGUCCAACUAGGUGGAGACUUCAAAGUGGCAUGUCGUGCUUUUUCUAACACUGGUGUCGAUGUCGCUGAUCUAGGAGACGUGCCUCAUCUGCUUAGAGUGGUGCUUGAAGAAGCACUUUGUGAACCACCAUCCCAACAGAGCUUGGAUCGAUACUUACCAACAAUCCGACAGAUCAUUGUCAAUCUUCUUCGUAAUUUGAAAAAGAAACAGAAUGCUGUCCGGGAAAUGAACAGCCAGAUCAUCAAUCAUAAUACCCAAAGAGCCUCGUCUGCUCCGGUAAGAAAAAGUCUCAUGCAACAACAGCAACAAUCUAAACCUCUACCCCAAGUGGACCACCAUAACCACACUCAUCACCAAAGUGCAACUCCUGCGAGGGCCUCUACUUUGGGAAGCAACGCAUCAGCACAACUGAAGCAACGUCUUGAUCUGUACCGUGCCCUCCGAGAAGGAUCAGCAUCAGUCAAUGAAGAAUCUGAUCAACCAGCAGUGCUUCCUGCGGCCCUUCCUAGUAUCAAUGUCGAGGUAUCUGAUGGGUUCCAAAGUGGUGAAGAAUCUGAUGCGUUAAAGCAAUUGCAAAAUGGUGAUUCAUUGAAAAGAAGAGCAUCAAGAAGAUUCUCUGCUUACCAAUACGCCAAGCUUACGAAACAAACAGAAAUGCCCCUUCCAAAAGACUCAACCCAACCUCCACAGACCACCGCUCUUACUGUUGAGAAUAAUAAUAAUAAUGAAGAGGUAGAUGAUAAUCCGGAAAACCUCACCGCUCAGCAACCACAGCAAUCACAGCAACCAAGAAUGAGCGUCCAUGAAUCAUCAACAUCCAAUGGAACUACCGUAUACUUGAAGAUCAAUAAUCGCACCAAAAAAGUGGACGUGCAAUUGCCAGUUACGUUUAGCUCCCUUCGACUUUUAUUCAUUGAGAAAUUUGCGUAUUCUCCAGGUAGUGAUAGCUUCCCAGAAAUUUAUAUUCAAGAAUCAAUCACUGACGUACCCUACGAACUAGAAGAACAUUUAUUACCCGACGUCAAAGGAGGAUCGAUUUUAUCGUUGAAUGCCCAAGAACAUAGCAUUGAGAUCAUUAAGGAUUUAGAAACUAAAGUGUCAACCUUGCAAACCCAGCUUUCAAAAAUACAAGACAACAUCAAGGAAACCAUACGAGAAACCAUUCUUUCAAUUCCUCCACCAGCACCGGCACCAGCUCUAAUUGAUAACAAAACAAAAGGAAGAGGAUUCAGUAAAUCUCUCGACGAUUUGGAUAUUUCUGAUAUCAGAAGAGAAUUGAUGGUAAUCAAACAGAUCAGUUCUGGUAAUAAGCAAGAUUUUGCUUCGAGCAUCAAGUCUUUAUUAGAAAAAGUCCAAGAAUUUAAAAGUUCCGGGUUCGAGGCCCCAAGAUCGGCGAAUCGCAAUUAUAUGGAAAAAUGUCAUUCUAAACUUUCUGAGGAUUCUGAUGAAUUGUUGACAAAAGUCGAUGAUUUACAAGACGUUAUCGAGGCAUUACGGAAAGACGUUGCACAAAGGGGGGCCAAGCCAUCAGAAGAUCAAUUGGUUGGAGUCAAGAAAGAUAUUGAUUCCGCGCAGAAUUCCAUCGAUGUGAUGCACGAAUACAUUGUCAAGGAAAAACCUAAUUGGAAAGCAAUUUGGGAAAAAGAAUUGGAUGUGGUGUGUGAAGAACAACAAUUUUUCAAGUUGCAAGAAGAUUUGGUGGAUGAUUUACGUGAAGAUUUGGAAAAAGCGUUCGAGACAUUCACCCUUGUGGAGCAUGUUUCUAAAGAACAUCAAAAGAAUAAAGGUGGGAGGAUUCGCCAACCUAAUUUGCCAUUAGUCGAACCAGGUACUAGUCUUGUAACGGUGCGUGGGGCCAUGCUUUCUGAAGUUUCGGCGUUGAAACCAAAUCAUGAAAAAAGAGUGAACGCCAUUGAAAAAGCGGAGAAAGUCCGGGAAAAGGAGAAACAAACCAGGUUGAAAAACGAAUUUGAAGAAGAAUUGGGAGGAUUUGUGGAGGGGAAGAAGUUGAAGAAAUCAGGAGGAAUUGAAGAGACUGAAAGAUUGAGAAAAAAGAAGGAUGAGGAGAAUCUAAAAGCAUCGUUUGCAGUUUUUUAA